GGAGGGCCGGAGGAGAUCUGGUUGUCCCGACGUCGGGGGGCAGGUACGACGUGUGCCUGCGGGAGCGGCGUCGUGUCGCCGUCUACUGGGACGAGGAGGUGUCCGAAGUGCGGCGCUGCACCUGGUUUUACAAGGGGGACAAGGACAACAAGUAUAUUCCCUACUCCGAGACCUUCAGCGAAGAACUGGAGGAAGCUUACAGGACUGCUGUGACCCAGGAUGAGUGGAAGAAGAAACUGGAGUCCCCCAGCAGAGAAGUCAUUAUCUUGCACAACCCGAAGCUGAUGGUGCACUACCACCCAGUCGCCACCUCCGACGACUGGGGCUCCACUCCUGCAGAACAAGGUCGACCUCGGACGGUGAAGAGAGGAGUAGAAAACAUCGCUGCUGAGAUCCCCAGUGGUGAGCUCACAUCUCCCUCCCUCCCACCUACCCAAAGCUGCACAGGCCCCGCCUGCGACAUCCGCUUCAGGAGCAUCGUCCAGUGCGUGAAUGACUUCAGGAACGUUUCCCUGAGCAUGCUGCAAGCACACUUCAAGAAAGCCCAGGAGCAGCAGCAGAUCGGGCGGGUGGAGUUCCUGCCUGUGAACUGGCACAGCUCCCUCCACUCCACCGGCGUGGACGUGGACCUGGAGCGAAUCACUCUGCCCAGCAUCAACCGCCUGCGUCACUUCAUCAACGACACCAUCCUGGACGUUUUCUUCUACAACAGCUCCACCUAUUGCCAGACCAUCGUGGACACGGUGGCCUCGGAAAUGAACCGUCUGCACCAGCUCUUCCUGCAGAGGAACCCGCUCUUCAAAGGGGGGGUCUCCAUCGCGGGGCACAGCUUGGGGUCGCUCAUCCUGUUUGAUCUCCUGACGAACCAAAAGGCUGCUCCUGAGGAGGAUGAGCACAGCGAGGAGGGGUCCAGGACAGCCUCGAGCACGAGAGGUAUGGAGGAAAUAAAGGAAAUCCUGGAGAAGCUGGAGCUGUCCGAGUACCGUGAUGUUUUUGAGAAGGAGAAAAUGGACAGGCAAGCACUGUUCUUGUGCACAGAGGAGAACCUGAAAGAAAUGGGAAUUCCCUUAGGACCAAGGAUGAAGAUUCUCCAUUACAUCAGCUCCCAGAGGGAGAUGCAG